AUGUCGUUCACACAUCCCCGAAGAACUUCAAAGACCACAUCUACUGCUGUGACUCUUUUUGCGAAUACGUCAAGCCGGCCAACCGUUAAUACAACUAUGGCUUCCCUUCGCAAAGGUGCCACUUUCCACUCACCUUCUUCUCCUACAAACGAAGUCGAUGGUGCAUUCAAUCUCUCAGCUCUCGAACGUUCAUUGUCCAAUCUUGAAGAUUUCGCCGUCGAAUCACACCAGCGUCGUGCUGCCGAUGUCAUAGAAUCAUUCGAGCUUACUGCUGCCGGCAAUCAAUCAUCUUCUACUUCACGUCGUCGCUUCCGUGACGAGUCUGAUCCUGUUCCUCGUGGUGUCGUCAACGUGGAGAACCCCUCGACCAAAUCAUACAAUACCGAAUUGAUGGACGGAGUUAUGCCAUCAGAACAAUCUUCUGUGAGACGAUCAACACGUCCCCGUCGCACCACACCUAGAUAUGCAGACAGCGGUCUUGGAUCAUCCAUCGGGUCAUCAUCAUCAGACAAGAAAGUAACCACCGAUGACAAUGUCUCCAAAUCUACCAAGCCAUCCACUAUAACUAGAUCGGCUGCUGCUCCAUCUACAACCAUCAAAAGCCUUCCUAGACUUAGUGCUCGCACUACCGCUCGCAUUCAAGAGCAUAUCUUGAAGCCACUCCUAGCAAAGGAGUCUUUCAAAGACUUGCAUCCCCUCCUCCAAGACUGCCCCAGACGAAUUCAUCAGAAGGAAAUCGUAUCUCUCCGCGACCUGGAGAAGACUUUAAUUUUUACCGCACCUAAGUACACAAAGAGCGCCUCAUUGUACCUCGACUUUUGUCUGGAAUCGAUUCACUGCAUCCAAGCUACCGUCGAACUUAUUAAGCAAUACGCUGAACAGGUCCGAGAAGCUAAGGAGAAGGAAGAGAAAGGAGAAACCAUUAGCGAGAUGGAUGCUCACCCAUCAGAUGAGGUCAAGCUUCACGGUGGUCUGACCAGAAAUGGUCGACCCGCUGAACUUGUCCGCAUCAACAAGAAAACUGGCAAGGCCAUUUCCAUUGCCACCGGCCAACCGGUUGACAUGGAUGAUGAUGACAACAAGUCUAUGAGAUUCAAGCGCUCCUUGAGCGAAGAAGCUGAAGAUGAAGAAUCAGUGAUGAGAUCUAUGGCACGUCGUAAGAAGGAUGCUUCUGCUGCUGAGCUCGCCCCUAAAUUUUGUCGCGAAAAGGGAUGUGACAAGUCAUUCAAGCGUCCAUGUGACUUGACCAAACACGAGAAGACCCAUUCCCGCCCCUGGAAAUGCCCCGUUACUUCGUGCAAAUACCAUGAAUAUGGUUGGCCAACCGAGAAAGAGAUGGACCGUCAUCAAAAUGACAAGCAUUCAGCCGCUCCUCCACUAUUCGAGUGUCACUUCAAGCCUUGCCCAUACCGAUCAAAACGUGAGUCGAAUUGCAAGCAACACAUGGAGAAAGCCCACGGCUGGGAGUAUAUUAGAUCGAAGAACAACGGAAAGAACAGACCUGCUGCACCUGCUGUCAUUCCCAAUGGUCUUCCUACCCCCCAGAAUACUAUCAUUCAUACUCCAGGCAGCGAUUCUAACCUUGAAUCUCCACUCAUUGCUGAUGAUGAGAUGCUCUAUGAAAAUACUUCAUUAUACACCACCAACCACAGCAUGGACUUCUUGGCCAGCAUACCCUGCUGA